CCACUCGUGAAAAUGGUCUCUCUUAAGCUGUUGGUCGUGGUUGCCUUAGUUGCUACUGUUGCUGGCACUCCCACCUUCAGACUGGGCCACAGCAAAAAACUUGGAUUUAAGGCGGGUCUAUCGAUUUCUGCAGGGCUUGGCGCCAUUUUCGGGGGUUUGAAACCGUCACCAAAAGUAUGCAACUCCCAGUCUUUGGACUUUCUUCUAAAAUCAAGAAGACCAAACAACUUCCAUGACGUCCUGACUUUCAUGAUUCGACUGUCAGUAGGAAUUGGAGGCGUCAUGGACAAACAUUACGAAGGCUUGGGCUCACUCUCAGCGAGAAUGGCCAUUGCCCUCGCAAGGAUAAGCGUUUGUCAACUGUCAGCGAAAAAAUUAUUCUCUAAAUCCCACUUCUGUACGCGGGACUUCCCGGAAUUCGGAGUGAAGGGUAGUGUUCAUAAAGUUGACGACGUUUUUGCCAGAUUCAAAGUAAACAAGGCUACAGAGCAAGUCAAACACCUUAUCAACAAGUACACCAACAAUAAGGGAAUCAACUCCGUCAACGGCACUGUCAAAGUUUACUUCCAAGUUUGUCUUAACUUGGCCGGAUUACUUGACAAUAGAGCCAAACUGAGCAUCAAUCUCUUCAGUGAACUGUUCAUUCAACUUUCUACCGCGAUUGGAGCGAUUGGUAACGGAUACCAACAUUCACUUGGCAGUAAACUAUCAAUCAACAUUAUUAAAAUCUGUCAUCCGUUCAUCGUCGGUCAAGGUUUCCCUGGAGUGAUUGAUAAAAUCGGUACGGUCAAGAAGACUAUUGUCGCUUGUAACGGCCACGGCGGCCCCUUGAAAGGACCUAACGCUGACAAACCUGUUGAUGGCCAAGGCAACGGCGACCUUAAUAGCUCUUGGGACGACUCAGACGAGCGUAAUGAUUCCGAUUCUGGUUCUAACUCAAAUGAAGAUAAAGGCAAAGGAAAAGACUCAGACAAAAGACAAGACUCAGGCAACGGACAAGGCUCAGGCAAUGAACAAGGCUCAGGCAAUGGACAAAGCUCAGGCAAUGGACAAGGUUCAGGCAACGGACAAGGCUCAGGCAAUGAACAAGGCUCAGGCAAUGGACAAAGCUCAGGCAAUGGACAAAGCUCAGGCAAUGGACAAGGCUCAGGCAACGGACAAGGCUCAGGCAACGGACAAGGCUCAGGCAACGGACAAGGCUCAGGCAACGGACAAGGCUCAGGCAGCGAACAAGGCUCAGGCAGCGGACAAGGCUCAGGCAGCGGACAAGGCUCAGGCAGCGGACAAGGCUCAGGCAAUGGACUAGGCUCAGGCAGCGGACAAGGCUCAGGCAGCGGACAAGGCUCAGGCAGCGGACAAGGCUCAGCCAGUGUACAAGGCUCAACCAACGGAGAUUGCUCAGGCAAGGUAGUAACCUCAUACAAGAUAACCGGUCAAUAACCUACUUACCACUCAUUCGUCAUCCAAUAUAUAGUCCAUUCCACAAAACGAACUCCUAGGGAACUAAAUACUCGCACCUCAUAGGUCGAUACGCGCGGCUAGAGAUAAGCGAAAAGAAUACACCAUGUAAGACGAUUAAGAAAUGAUUACGUCACUCGCAUUAACCAAUAAAUGCAUAAGAACAAUUUCCUUUGGGAUCUCGUAUCAUGGUAUGGACUUUUUGGACUACGAAUUAGCAAUAGCAUUGAUGAUUUGAAUGGUGAGUGAUCCAGUGUAAUUACAUGCACAGAUGCCUUAACUUAAUAAGUGGCGUUAUGUGUGUCGCGAUUUCUUUGUACCACUUACCAUAACUUGGCAAUACCUUCCUUUCUUUGUAAAAAAAUGAUUGUUUAAAUAAAAAUUA